AUGACCGCACUUGUAUUAGCACAGAAAAGCCCUCGCGACUCGUUGGUGCGCUACGACCCUCCACAAGACAUCGGGGUUGCCCCUGACCCUCCGGUUGAUCCUGAGGAGGAUGAAUUGGAGUAUCUGGGCAUUGAAGCGACCGACCCGGACAAGGCCAUUGCUGAUGCUAUCGCGGCUCAAUUGACGGAAUCGGCUGAGUUGCCAGCUAUGGAUAGCAAGCCUACUACUAAAGAUGUGUUGCAUAUCCUCCUACCACCACGAGAAUGGUCUGAGAACGGCAGACAUAUCAUGCAGUACGUCAACGAUCAGCCAUCUACUAGGAUGGAUGUGAUAGCUCUGCAGGAAGCCUUGGAUGGUAAGCUUGUGGAAAGGCAAGCUAGAGAGAUUGGGAUUUGCCCGGUUCGGGAGGAGCUCUAUGGUCAAUGCUUUGAUGAGCUCAUCAGACAAGUAACGUUGGAUUGCCCAGAAAGGGGUUUGUUGCUACUGCGAAUCCGCAACGAGAUAAGGAUGACUAUCGCGGCUUACCGCACACUAUACCACUCCUCGGUCGUUUUCGGUACUCGCAAGCAGCUUCAAGGAGAAGAAGGGAAGGAAGAGGCUGAACAGAAGUUGGAGGAACUGAGGGAGAAAAAGAGGGCUCUGGCAGACAAGUUGGCCCAGUUGGAGCGGAGGUGUGAGGCUGUGGAGAGGAGGGAAAAUGAGAGGAAUAGUAUUGAGGCGAAAAGGAGGAAGGAAGAGAUAGACUUUUUGGAGCACCAAGGUCAGCAUUUACGGACCUUUCUGGACGGUCUGGAAAAGUGA